AGGAAUCCAGUUGAGAGUGAAUCACCUGAGAAAUGGCCACACGCCUCAGAUCAGCUGGUAAGAAAUGUACUGUGAUUGGCGGGUCUGGGUUCUUAGGCCAGCACAUGGUGGAGCAGCUCCUGGAGAAGGGUUAUGCAGUCAACGUGUUUGAUAUUCAGAAGAGGUUUGACAAUGACAGAGUGCAGUUCUUCCUGGGAGACCUCUGUGACAAAGAGGCUUUGCUCCCAGCUCUACAAGGUGUGUCAGUGGCAUUUCACUGCGCGUCGCCAGCACCUUCAAGUGACAACAGGGAACUGUUUUAUAAGGUGAACUUUAUGGGAACCAAAGCUGUCAUUGAAGCCUGCAAAGAAGCUGGAGUGCAGAGGCUGGUGUUAACCAGCAGUGCCAGUGUUGUUUUUGAGGGGACAGACAUAAAAAAUGGGUCAGAAGAUCUCCCAUAUGCAAAAAAACCCAUCGACUAUUACACAGAGACAAAGAUCCUGCAGGAGAAGGAAGUGCUCAGUGCAAAUGACCCAAGCAACAACUUCCUCACUACUGCUAUUCGUCCCCAUGGGAUAUUUGGUCCUAGAGACCCUCAGCUGGUUCCCAUCCUCAUCGAAGCAGCAAAGAGUGGCAAGAUGAAGUUCAUCAUUGGGGAUGGAAAGAACUUGGUAGACUUCACCUAUGUGGAAAAUGUGGUCCAUGGACACAUCCUGGCUGCAGAAAAUCUUCAGAAAGGCUCUCCCCUGUGUGGGAAGGCAUUUCAUAUCACAAAUGAUGAACCAAUUCCUUUCUGGGCUUUCAUGUCCCGUAUCUUGACUGGCUUGAACUACGAUGCUCCCAAGUACCACAUUCCCUACUGGCUGGCAUAUUACCUGGCUCUGGUCCUGUCUCUGGUGCUGUGGCUGCUGAGUCCACUGGUCACCAUCAAGGCCACAUUCACCCCUAUGCGGGUGGCAUUAGCUGGAACUUUCCACUACUACAGCUGUGACCGGGCUAAAAGAGCCAUGGGCUACACACCAGUGGUGAGCCUGGAUGAAGCAAUAGAAAGGACUGUCCAGAGCUACCCUCAUCUACGCCGGGCCAAGGCCUGAGGAGCCUACAGGGAUUCUUUUCUACUUGAUUUUUUGGAAUUGCUUUGAUGUCUUAACAUGAACAAUGAGCCAAAUCUCACUAAUUCUCU